GCUCCCGCCCCGGCGCGGCCCGGCCCGCGGCGGCCCUUCACCCGCUGUGGGGCCGGGACCCCCUCCCGUCCGCGGGGCCGGGUCCCCCCCUUUUCCGUCCCCGCCGCAGUGCUGCAGUCACCUCCUGCCGCCCGGGAGAGGCGUUACGGGGCCGGCUGGGCCGCGCCGGGGCCCUCUGCCCUCCGUCGGGGCUCGGCCCUGGCUCCAGCCGCCACCGUGAGCCCUUCCGGGGACGGCCCUGCUCUCGCCGAGGCCUCCCGGGGAGCGCCCCAGGGCCACCCUGGCUGGUUCGGGGCUCUGGGUGAUCGGGGUGGCGUGGGGGGCAUCUCUGCGCUCCCACCAUGCCACCCGGAAAGGGUGGCGGGAAGGAGGCCUUGGUGCUGCAGUGCGAGUGGGAGGUUUGUACCUACGUGACCUCGAAGAUGGAGGAGUUUUGUGAGCAUGUGGCCCAGCACUUGCAGCAGCACCUUCCUGGAGAACACCAGGAUGAGGUGGACCCUCUCGAGGAAUACACGUGUCUGUGGCAGGAAUGUGGUUUCUGUUCUCCAGAGAGCUCAGCUGACCUCAUCCGCCACGUCUACUUCCACUGCUACCACACCAAGCUGAAGCAGUGGGGGCUCCGGGCCCUGCAGAGCCAGUCAGAUGUGAGCCAUUGCCAGCUGGAUUUCCAGAGCCGCAACAUCAUCCCCGAGAUCCAGGAGAACUUCCUGUGUCUGUGGGAGUAUUGUGAGAGGUCAUUCGAUAAUCCUGAGUGGUUCUAUCGGCAUGUAGAGGAUCACAGUUUCUGUUCGGAAUACAAGGCAGCAGGGAAGGAGAACCAUGUGGUCGUCUGUGGCUGGAAAGACUGCGAUUGCACCUUCAAAGGGCGCUGCAAGCUGCGGGAGCACCUGCGCAGCCACACGCAGGAGAAAGUGGUGGCCUGUCCUACCUGUGGCGGGAUGUUUGCCAACAACACCAAGUUCUUUGACCACAUCCGCCGGCAGACUGCACUGGACCAGCAGAGAUUUCAGUGUUCUCACUGCUCCAAAAGGUUUGCCACGGAGAGGCUGCUCCGUGACCACAUGAGGAACCACGUGAACCAUUACAAGUGCCCGCUGUGUGACAUGACUUGUCCGUUGCCCUCCUCCCUGCGCAAUCACAUUCGUUUCCGGCACAGUGAGGAGCGGCCGUUCAAGUGUGACUACUGCGACUACAGUUGCAAGAAUCUCAUUGACUUGAGGAAACACCUAGACACACACAGCAAAGAGCCAGCAUAUCGCUGCGAGUUUGAGGCUUGCAGCUUCACCGCGCGUUCCCUCUGCUCCAUCAAACUGCACUACCGGAAAGUCCAUGAGGGUGACUCGGAGCCCCGGUACAAAUGCCACGUCUGCGACAAGUGCUUCACGCGUGGGAACAACCUCACUGUGCACCUCAGGAAGAAACACCAGUUCAAAUGGCCCUCGGGGCAUCCUCGUUUCAGGUACAGGGAACAUGAAGACGGCUACAUGAGGCUGCAGCUGGUGCGCUACGAGAGCGUGGAGCUGACGGAGCAGCUACUGAAGGACCGUGAGAAGCAGGGAGAGGCGCUGGAUGGUUCAGCUGAGUGUGUAGUACUGUCUGAGGGUGAGGGCAACCUUCAGGCCAUCAUUCUAGAGGCCCCAACAGGGGCUCCGCAAGUGGAGAACAGCAACACUGAGCCGCACAUGGCCCUACUGCAUCCCAUGACUUACUCUGCUGGCAACCCUGAGCCAGCAGGGCCGAGUGCCUUCCCAGGAGCAGCACCGUCCUCUGAGCAAGAACCCAGCACCCCAGCCAACCCCAUCAUCCGUGUGGUGAACCGGACCAACGAGCAGGGGGAGAAUGAGACUGUGUAUUACGUCAUGGCCAGCGCGUCCUCUGAGGAGCGGGCAGCAGUGCCUGGUGGGCUGGCUAUGGAGCUGGAGGAGAAUGUCAUGGACCGUCUGCAGAAGACAGCUGAGGAGCUGGGCAUUCAGAUUGUGUAAAGUGCUCCACUGCCUCCAUGCAUAUGGAAAGCACAGGGCUCUGUGGGAUGUGCUGGUGGGGAAGGUUGUGAGAUGCUGGGAAGAGGGCAAGUCUCCUCCCACGUGCAGCUGGCUAGCUUCUCCCUCUGUUGCCCCAGCCUUACCCGUUACCACUUCUGGUCAGUGUGGGGAGGUGGGAAGGGCUUGUCUCAGCUGACAGACAAGAGAUUUGAGCUGGAAAGAGCCAAGGAUUUGAGGAUUAGGUGCAAGCCUCUCCCACUCCUUCAGCAGGUUCUGUCUUCGCCUGGCCCAGGCCUUUCCUGCCUGACUGCUCUCUGGUGAUGUGGUACCUGCUACUGUGCAGUCAAGUUGUGAGGUCUUCCUGAGCGUGGCCUGCAGUCAGGGAGGUGUGCUGAGCAGAUGGGGCAGGUGAGACAUGUGGCCCUCAGGCCUGUUCUCACUUAUACCUUGUUCUCAAAGGGAUGGGGUUCCCCACUUCCGCCUCUGUCAGCGCUUCCCUUCAGGAUGUCUUUCCUAGCUCACUCAGCACCGUUAGCAGCGUUUGCACUGCCGAUUCCCUUAUACUGCACUGAUCUCCGGGGGAGGAGAGGCCUGGAGGUGCUGUCCCUUACAGGCUACUGCUUCCUUGCAGCAAUGGGGGUUUGGGGGCUUCCCAGUGCUUUUGUUCUUCCCUGGGUUUCCUCCCCACAUUGGGGCUUGGGCUCCUGAUCAGGCAAAUUGUACUUGGAGUGAUAAAUAAAAGCCAGGCUGCCAGGCCAA